CUCCUGUUUUCUCUCCUUUCGUAGUGGACUCUGCUGGGCUGGUUGCAAACAUGACGUGUAAGAAGUCAGACCAAAAGAUCAAACCGUACCUGAAGGCAGACCUCCCAAAGCGGCUCCACUUCGCUAACAGCCGUCGCAUUGAAGACGUCAACGUCCUGGUCGAACCAAAGUGGCUGUUUGAGCGGUAUCCGGGAUCGCUGACGUUCUGCUCUGGUGGCGCCCACGGCUACGACAACGACGCAGAGAGCAUGCACGCCAUGUUCGUCAGUUAUGGACCAAAGUUUCCCUCCAAAACAGAAAUUGAACCGUUUUCCAACAUCGAGCUCUACAACCUGAUGUGCGACCUGCUGCAGAUCCUCCCCACUGAAAACAACGGCACCCACGGCAGCAUGAACCACAUCCUGAGAGAGCCCGUCUUCACACCGGUGCACCCAGAGGAGCAGACCGCACCAUGGAAGUGUCCGCUGACGAGCCUCGAGCCUGAAAAUGAUCUCGGCUGCUCCUGUCCUGCCCUGACUGGAAAUGAGAUCAACGGCCGUCUGAAUCUGACAGCAGAGGAAGUGUUGGUUGCGGAGCAGACGCACACGCCGUUCGGUCGUCCACGGUUGCUGCAGCGUGAGCAGAGUUACUGCGUCCUCCACCAUGAAGGAUUUAUCAGCGCCUACAGCCACAAAACGCUCAUGCCUCUGUGGAGCUCCUUCACCGUUGACGACCCGAAAAACCUGGACCCGUUGCCGCUGGCGCCGUCAGACUGUUUACGGGCUGAUGUCAGGAUCGCAGCAUCUCAGAGCCCGAGCUGUCACCAGUACAACACGGCGGGAAACGUUUCCCACGCCUUCCUGUACCCUCCCAAUCUGAACGCCACAGCAGACCAGCAGUUUGACGCUCUGCUGAUGAGUAACGUGGUGCCCAUGUACCCCGAGUUUAAGAAGAUCUGGGACUACUUCCACAACACUCUGUUAAAGAAGUACGCCUCUUUGUACAACGGCAUUAACGUGGUGACCGGCCCCGUCUUUGACUACAACUAUGACGGACAGUUCGACUCGCCGGAGCAGAUCCAGCAUUUUGUGUCUGGCACCAGCAUCCCCAUCCCAACACAUUACUUUGUGGUGUUGACAAGCUGCAGAAAUGCGACCGUGCCCGUGUCUGCCUGCGAGAGCGAGCUACAGACAGUGUCCUUUAUGCUACCUCACAGACCGGAAAACUCUGAGAGCUGCCAGAGCACGGAGGCUGCCUCUCUCUGGGUCGAAGAUCUCAUGUGGUUCCAUCAGUCGCGAGUCAGAGACGUGGAGUGGAUCACAGGAUUGGACUUUUACCAGGACUUCUCUCGACCAAUCCCAGAGCUGCUGAGGGUGAAGACCCGCCCUACAGCCGCCAUUCAAAGGAAACAGGAUCACUAGAUUAUGACAUAUUAAGGGAGGCUUCUUUAAUUCUAUGAUCACUGGACUCCAGGUAGCAGCCAUCCAACAGAUUUUAUUUAUUCUAUGUCUGAUUUAGACUCUUGAUUUUAUUUUUCUACCACAUCAUGUAAUGUUUUUAUUGCCAUGAUGGUUUCUGAUCAGUCUUUAUGUCUGUAAUCUGUAUUUAAGAUCGUUAUUUCCCCAGAUGAACUGUUCUCAGAUCUUUCAUGCUACAACAUUUGACUACACUUAUCUGUGAAAUUGCACUUUUAUGAAUAAAUAUUGGAUAUACUUA